CUAUAAGUUUGGUCACUCUGUCGAUUGAGUGACAAAGCCAUAACUUCAAACGAAACCGCCAUAUUUUGGAUCAUAAUUUAAUAGAAAGGCUAAAAAAUGGACCGUACGUGCAUCGCGCCCUGGAAGGCGGAAGAGAAGGAACAGAGCGAAAGGCUGUACAGGAAGUUGCAGGGUCUGGCCCUGGUCCACCCGAUGACCGACGAGAUGAAGAAACUCCUGAUCUGGGACAUGUUCCUGAAGCCGAACCAUGCCGCCUUUUUCCAUGUAAUGCACUAUCUCUUCCGCCUGCUGGACCCGGCGGAGUUCAAGCGUCGUUUCUUCUGGCCCCUCACCGACAAAAAGUCUGAGGCCAACUUUCGCUCCAGCACGGUGGAGUACCUGAAGCAUCUGAACGAGAAACACCAACUCCAGUGGACCAACAUCAAGUCAUACCUGGUGGUGAUGCCCGGUGGCAUGAGGUUCAUUAACUUCCUUCUGGAAUUUGUGGGCUUUGUUAUCAGGGAGCUUACAAAGCAGCGGGAGAAGUCGCUGGGGGAUUCCGAUGUCCAGAAUGCAGAUGUCAAGGUGAUGGCCCGCCAGAACGCUGUCAUGAAGGACUACGCCUCGGACUAUGUGGCGAAUUUGGAGGAGAACAUGGCUCUAUUGAAGCACAACACGCAGAGGAUCCGCCAAACGAUAGAAGCUCUGGCUAAGGAAGCUGGCAUACCCGAGGAGCUGCUGCUGGACGACAACUUUUUGGAGGAGUUCGAGGCCAGUAAUCGGAGGACUUUGGAACAAAAAAUAUCUCAGCCCGCGGCAGGGGAUGUCCAACUUGAGGAAUCUCUCUGCGGUCUCAAGGAGGACCUGGAAAAGUUCCAAGCCAAGCAGUCCGAGCACAACCAAAGAAAGGAAGCGGUAGACAGUGUUUUAAAUGGCUUCCGUGGUAUCUUCGGUUCUGAAACAUUUACGGAAGAAGACUUUGAUGAUCCUCUAAUCGGCUCUAAAAUCGAAUCCAUGGUAAGGGCGUUCAACCAAGUGAGCAGCACGGUUGCCGAACAACUGGACGCCAACGAUCACUACAACGAGUCCAACGAGUUCGUCACCACAGACCUUCAAGCGCUGCGCGUGGAGGUGGCCCAGAUUGAGAGCCAACUCACCAAUGUCCAAAAGGAUCUCAAUGCGCAACUGCACCAGAUCAGGGAGCGGAAGGAGGCGGAGGAAAAGAGUUCGGCGCAGCUCCAACCACCAACUACGCCUCGGCUGGAAUCACGUUUUCAGGACAUUGCCUCAAAGUUCGUGUCCACGCCGCCAAUCAGGAUCGACUUGGCUGGCGCCACUGGUAGCAGUGCCCCAGUGCGCCUCGCCCUUCAGGACGACUACAAUGCCAAGCAGUUCGAUGCGUUCAGCAACAGUUUGCUAGCUCCCGCUCCUCCCCGGUCCGCGCGGAAGCCAAAGGGCCUUGACCAGUCGGCGAUGGAUCUUAAUGGGACUAUGAACCGGUCCAAGAUCAACGAUCCCAUGGAACUGCUGCGCACGAUUCACAAAAACACAAACAAGGCCAAGAACGCCCCGCAAGCCAAUAUCUCCUCGCUGGGGAGCAAAUGGAAACAGAUGCAGGCUUCGUUUGGAUUUGAUGAGCCAGCAGCGACCUCUCCCCAGAAAUCUUCCGCGGAUUCCCGUUCUCCGUUCACGCCUCUCAGCGGCAGCGAGUGCACGCGUGUGGAGCGCGUUGUCGCCGAAACCAACAACUCCCUGAUGGCCAAAAGCGCUGCGGUUAUGAAGGUGUUGAAGGACGCCUCUCUGAGUUUCCAGAACCUCAGCACAUCGCCAUCGGGUAGACUGGAUGCCUUGGUGGCUGGACCUCCGACCGACUUCCAGCUGGAGUUGACGCCACGACUUCAAGUCAACGAUGUGACCAUUUUGGAAUCCCAAGCUUUCAAGCCCGAUCCGGGUAAGGAAAAUGAUGCUAAUGUUCCGAAUCUGUCGCUUUUCGAUUUUAAUAAGAAUGGCGACGACGACGAUCUGCAAAAUAUCAGCGAUAGCAUCCUUAAGGACAUUACCAUGUGAUGGCAAACAAGGAAGGCAAUCGCCUAUGGGCAGUAUUAUUUAUUUUGUGUACAUUCUUAGAACUCUUUACAACUGAAUGCUACAAAAGUUGGUUGUCACGGCCAGUCAUUCUUUUCUGUCAUCUGUUUACAAUAUCAGCCUUUUAUAAAUGAAUUUGAGCGUUUUCCGAUCGAAAUGAUGUGAUGGAUAAUUUUCAGAAAAUAAAAAAACCAAAUGGGAAGAG